CUCAUUCCGCAAGAUUAUAAGCUCGUCCACCCGCCAUGAGCAGCAUCACCCCUACUGUUGGAGCCAGCACGGAGAGAUCAAUCGCGAUGGAAGAGGCUGCCGCCGUCGACGAGGCAGCAGAGAGGAAGAAGGCUGCUGCUGCGACUGGGCUGAUGUGGAAGGCGCCGGCGGCCAUGGUGCUGGUGCAGCUGAUCAUCACAGGGCUGAUCAUGCUGUCCAAGGUCGUGAUCAGCCGCGGCAUGUUCAUCUUCGCGCUCCACGCCUACCGCAGCGCCUUUGGCACCAUCUGCAUCCUUCCUUUCGCAGUGUUCUACGAGAGGGGGAAGUGGAAGGAGAUGAACUGGCGAGCCUUUGGAUGGAUCUGCCUCAACUCGUGCAUAGGGUAUGCGGUGCCAACGUGCUUAAACUACUAUGGUCUUCGGGAUACUACGCCAUCCUAUGCUGCCGUCUUCCAAAACAUAGUUCCUCUCAUCACCUUCAUUCUAUCCAUAGUUUUCAGAAUGGAGAAAUUGCGAUUCAGGACUGUGACGGGAUCACUGAAGGUUGCAGGCAUCCUGGUUGCUGUAGGAGGUACAAUGUUCCUUAGCUUUUAUAAGGGCAAGACUCUGCAUCUUUGGGGUUCCAUUUUACAUUACCACUCAUACGAGCAGGAACAUGCUGCAAACCAUCAUGUAAGAGGAACAAUCCUCUUGCUAGGGAGCAGCCUCACCUUUGCAUGCUGGUACCCGAUUCAGUCAAUGGUCAAUAAAGUGUAUCCACAUAAGUAUUGGUCAUCCAUAGCGACAUGCUUUCUUGGAGGACUUCAGACAACACUAAUUGGAAUAAUACUAAGAAGAGAUAGGAAUACCUGGAAGCUUGGAUGGGAUCUACAACUUCUGACCAUUGUGUACACGGGGGUACUGGCAACAGCAGUGAGAUACAAUCUGGAGUCAUGGGCCGUUACCAAGCGAGGCCCAGUGUACCCACCAAUGUUUAUCCCAUUGAUAACUGUCUUCACUACUGUUUUGGGCUCCAUAUUUUUAGGGGAUGCAAUUACCAUUGGAAGCCUCCUUGGUGCAGCAACCGUAAUAACGGGGCUCUACAUUUUCCUCUGGGGUAAAUCAAAAGAGCUGCACAGAAACUAAAUAGUCUAGGUAACAGAAUUCUUGAAACUACAAAAAGAUAAAAAUUGUAUUUUUAGGUUGUUGAGGGAUUAGUAUAAUUCACUGUUAAGUUAUGAAGGUAGGACCAACUGAUCGAGCAAAUAUCAAGUUCACACAAAAUGGUGCUUCUCCUUCAUAACUUUCUGAUGCUGCUUAACUGGUCUGCAUAGUCUUCAAGCACACUGAAACACAUGUUUCCCGAAAAAAAAAUAGCUUCAGCUCUGAGAUGAAGUUUCAGGCUAUACCCGGUGCUUUUUGACUCUUGCAAGUUGCAGGAGCUUACUGUGGCUAUGUUACUCAAGCAUGUAUCCUAGCAGUUUCAGUUUCAACACAGUAUGAAUGCCAUCACCAGUUCACCGCCAUCAUUCAGGCAGGAUUCU